AUGGUUCCUGUCUUUCAGGGACUGCGGCUUGUUGGUGCAGGGAAUCGAACCCGGAGGGAGGAUCGACCGCGACGGUAGACUCCGAGUUUCCGACCGCAUUGUGGAGAUCAACGGACGUCGCCUGAGCCGCGUGGGUUUCCGCCAGGCCCAGGACAUCUUCAAGGAGGCUCUGAAGGCUCCCGAGAUCCGCCUGCGCCUGGUCCGAGCGCCCGUCGACCCACACCACCCGGCCGGAAGUCCGUCGCCGGAAGGGGAGAAGUCUUCGGAAGAGACGGUGGUACGAGCCGAAGAGAGAGGCGAGGCGGAGACAAAAGUUGCCACCGUUACCCCCACCAAGAAGGUGCCGCCCGGCGUGCCUCACAGAAAUCCCAACGCGGCGCUGACGGCCAACACCAGGAAGAUCGGACGGAGGAUCCGCAUCCAACUGACCAAAGGUGCGGAAGGAUUGGGAUUCAGCGUCACCACGCGAGACAAUCCGGCGGGAGGAAACUGCCCCAUUUACGUCAAGAAUAUCUUACCGAAAGGAGCCGCCGUCCGAGAUGGUCGCUUGAAGCCCGGUGAUCGACUUCUGGAGGUCAAUGGCGUAGAGAUGACCGGAAAAUCGCAGACGGAAGCCGUGUCGGUUCUCAGAAACACCCCUUUGGGAGGAACCGUAGAAUUGGUCGUCUCUCGACAGGAACCGGAUCUUUCGCCGUCGUCCUCUGCCAGAGAAUCGAUGUCCGAGAAAAAUGGAGAACAGCCGUGGAAGCGUAAGGAAAUACUUACAUUUGAAAUUCCACUUAAUGAUUUCGAUUUCGGUUCUACUGGUUUGGGUGUAAGUGUGAAAGGAAAGACUUCUACUGGACAAAAUGGAAGUGUCGAUCUUGGAAUAUUCGUGAAAUCGGUAAUUGAGGGAGGUGCUGCUUUCAAGGAUGGUCGACUGAAGACUGACGACCGACUGAUCGAUAUCGACGGGACGUCGUUACUGGGGAUGUCCAACGGCCGGGCCAUGGAAGCUCUGAGACGGGCCAUCAGCCCCCGGGACGGAGUCUUUCCCCCUUCCAUCACCUUGUCCGUCCGUCGGCGGGUCCGGUCCGCCGCCUCCCACCCGGCCCGGGCACCGGCUCCCGGCCUUUCCGAUUCCGAUUCUGGCAGCGACUCGGUGGAAAAGAAGCGUAGUGCCGGCCAUCCCUCGGAAGCUGCAGCCACUUUUUUAGGGGAAGGAAGGAAAGACGACAACUUCAGGAAGAAGAGCCGAGACCCAGAGGCGGGAUGGGGUGGAACGGCGGCGGACCCUUCGGGCGGGACAUUGGAAACGCCGUCCGGAGAAACUGUGUUGAUCCAAACUGAUGUUCCUGAUUGGUCGUCAAGAGCCAUUUUUUGCCCCUGCCCGGCCGGUGACCCCAAAGUGGAAAAGUCGGAGAAUACCUCAGACGGGCGUUACUGAUGAGGGACCGUGAAAUGAAAGUCGGUCCGAAAUGCACAAAAUAACGUACGUAACCAACCAAAAUAAAUAUAAUUAAAUUCUACGUCUUGGAUCAUUAAAUUGACCAUAGAGUUCCUGUACACCUGCAGACACAAAGUUAUGGAAUUUUCAAGAAUUAUUCAAUAUAAAUAUAGUCGAUGAUCCCAACAACAAAGGAAAUUAUGACAUUUUAUUUCAAUAUUUAUUGAUUUGAUGAAAAUAAAAGUAAAAUAUUAAUAAUUAUAUAUUUUCGACGAAUAAUUUUUAUUUUAAUAAGAUUUAUCGGGCUCAUAAAUGGACUGAGCAUAUUCAACACACAAUAUUAUUCAUAUGAACAAUAAAUAUUUAACCAAAUCAUAUCUUAUAUGUAAACACCCAAGAUUCAUUUCGAAAUUUAAUUGUAAAAGUGCAUAUUAUAUUUCUUUUUAUAUGGUGUAAUGUUUCAGUCAAUCCUUCAGAGGCAUCAAUUAACUCUACCGCUUGGUUAUAUUAGUUUUAAUUAUUGUAAAAUCUUUGUUUUGUAAACUUGAAUAUUUAAUAAAUUUAAGAAACUUUGUGUUCAUAUUCAUUGGUGUGAUAAGCCCUAACUUAAACCAGUUAUUUAAGUCACACGUUGAUUUAAUGGGAUAUGGCAGUGCAAACCGUAGGCAAUCUGCCAAGGCCAAUGUCUCCUGGAAAGAUGUAAUGUAUCUAAAUUGGGACCGAUUUUCCAAUUAGACGUAUGAAGAAAAAACUGGAAACUCCAUACACCAGUGCAUAUUCAGUUGGUCCAUUGUUCGGUGAUUUUAUCCACACGGCCACUGGGUGGACGAUAAUUACGUGAAGGUCAGAUAGUGAAGGUGGAUUAGCCAUCAGCUUACUGCUUUGGAAGACCAGAAAUUUGAAUUCGGACUGGUUAACAAACCCAAGAAUUAGUGUGUGGUAUGUUCUGGAUGUUAGGUGGUCGAGACCUGUCCCUCACCACCUAACUAUCCCAUUGUGGGCCUGGCUGAACACAAGAUACACUUGAGAAAAGGCCCUAUUAGUGCUCAAUUUACAAUUUACACUCGGUGGCAGAAAUAUGUUAAAAAACGAUCAGACUCAAAAAACCGAAUGCCAACUAGUGAUAGACAAGAGCUACCAGUUUUUCUCUAUAGCUAAAAAAGUUAGUCAAAUAAUGUAGCCAGCAUAAUGUUUUGGUGCCAAAAUGGACGUUGAAGUAGCCAAAUAAGGUAGCUGUGGUCUUUAGGAAGAAAUGAUGUCCGAGGCUAAUGGUGGCGAAGAAUGUAGAAAAACCAUAAAAAGGGUGUUUGUCAUAAGUUUUCUAAUCAGCUUUUAACUGGUAA